CCGCCAUCCAAACAAGGCCACCUUACCAUCCAUACAAUCAAUAAAUCAAUCAACGUCACUCACUCACCACCACGCCCAUCGCGACCAUGCUCUCCGGGAUUCAAAAUGUGCGGCAAACCGCCAUUCAGCUACUCAACUUCGGGCUGGUCCUGAGCACCGCAUUCAUGAUGUGGAAAGGUCUCUCCGUACUCACCAACUCCCCCAGCCCUAUCGUGGUUGUUCUCAGCGGCUCCAUGGAACCCGCUUUCCAGCGCGGCGAUCUCCUCUUCCUCCGGAAUACCCAACCGUCGUUAAACGUCGGCGAGAUUGUCGUCUAUCAGGUCAAAGAUAAAGAUAUUCCGAUUGUGCAUAGGGUAGUGAGGCAGUUUGGCGAGGGGGAAUCUUCGAAACUCCUCACAAAAGGCGACAACAACAUCGCCGACGACACGGAACUCUACGCCCGAGGACAAGAUUAUCUCGAUCGGGAGGAUGUCGUGGGAAGUGUGUUUGGGUAUAUUCCCUUUGUGGGGUACGUGACGAUUUUGUUGAGUGAGCAUCCGUGGUUGAAGACGGUGAUGUUGGGGGUUAUGGGUGUGUUGGUGCUUUUGCAGAGGGAGUAAUUGUUUAUUUGUUUAAUGAAAAUUGGGUUUGUUUGUGGGUCUUUUUUACUGUUUGGUUGGGUUGGUAUGGGUUGGGAAUUUCAUCUUUUUAUAUGUGAUUGUUGUUUUUAGGGGUUUGGGGGGUGGUGUGGGGGUUGUGUAGUGCUGGAAUACGUAGUAUGAUGGUAGUAUUAGAUGAGGUGAGAUGGUGGUAGUGGGGAUAGUUGAGUGAUUUGGGGAUUGGUAGUAGCUGGCAAUUAUUUGGAUGUGUAAUGUAAUCGGGCAGAGGGGAUUCAAGAUAUGCUCUCUGGUAUAUCUUUACUGUACUCCGUAUGGGGAGCAGUAUCACUUUCCUAGCCCUUAAUUUCCCAAGAAAGAUGGAUACCUAUCAGUUACUACUACAUCCCAACAACACAACCAACUCUAACAAAAUCAAUUCUAUACAUCUC